AUACCCAGACUUAUAUAUUUUUUUUUGUUCCAGACAAGAUGGAGGAACGGGAAAGCGCCCCGGACCACGGGGUCCCGGACAUGACCAUGAUGCCGGAGAUCACGGAGCAAGCCAUCAACGACAACCUCAAGACGCGAUACAUACACGACCUCGUUUACACUUACACGGGAUCUAUUCUAGUCGCAGUGAAUCCUUACAAGGAGUUAGGAUGUUACACAACGGAUCACAUGCAGAAUUACAGAGGCAAAGCAUUCGGUACUCUCCCGCCACACGUGUUUGCUCUGGCCGAGUCGGCCUACAGCUCACUACAGAAUGGCGAGAAGAAUCAGUCGGUGGUGAUAUCCGGUGAGAGCGGCGCCGGUAAGACGGAGACCACGAAACUGAUCCUGCAGUACCUGUGCGCGGCAGGCGGACAGGCCUCGUGGGCCGAGCAGCAGAUCCUUGAGGCCAACACUGUCCUCGAAGCCUUCGGCAAUGCAAAAACAGUCCGCAACGACAACUCGUCCCGCUUCGGCAAGUUCGUGGAGGUCCGGCUGGACCACCGCGGCGGCAUCAAGGGCGCCGUCCUCCGGGACUUCCUGCUGGAGAGGGCCAGGAUCACGGGCCCUGCGCCCCGGGAGACCAACUACCAUGUCUUCUACCAGCUCGUCGAAGGUGCCAAGCACAAUAGCGAGCUGCGCACAACACUUCGCCUCCGCGAGGACGUGCAGUUCAAGUAUCUGCGGCCGGAGGAGGGGUCCGCGCAGCGCGGGCGCGGCGCCGAGCAGGGCAAGCUGGAGGCGCUGCAGCUGGCGCUCACCGUGCUGCAGGUGCCGCCGCACAUGUGCGAGGGACUCUUCAAGGUCUUGGCCGCCAUACUGUGGCUCGGGAAUAUACAGUUCCAGGAUAUCGAUGGAGAGCGCUCCACCCUGUCCCCCGAGGACUCAGAAGCAGUGGACGCAGUAGCCAACCUCCUUGGCCUGCCCCUGCCCACGGCGCGGCGCGUACUGUUGGAGCGACAGAUCAACGUGCGCGGAAACGUCACGGAUAUUCCGUUGAGGCUGCCUGAGGCCCGCGAGAACCGGCACGCGAUGGCCCGCGCGCUGUACUCUCGCACAUUCGCGUGGCUGGUGCGCCACGUGAACAGCUGCUCGGCGCCGGUGCGGGCCGCGCGCUCGCUCGGCGUGCUCGACAUCUUCGGCUUCGAGAACUUCGCCACCAACUCGCUCGAACAGCUCUGCAUCAACUACGCCAACGAGAAGCUGCACAUGUUCUUUAAUAAUUAUGUCUUUGCACUCGAACAGGAUAUCUAUCGCCAAGAGGGUAUAGUGUACAACCAGAUCCAGUUCACGGAUAACGCGGCGUGUCUCGAGCUGUUGGAGAAGCCGCCACGCAGCUUGCUCAAGCUGCUCAGCGAACAGUGUCAUAUGCCUAAGGGCUCGGACAGCGCCUACCUGACCAACAUCCAAGGCGAGUUCGGCGAGCACCAGUCCUUCGUCAAGGGCUCCCGUCGCAAGUGGGAGGAGGAGUUCGGCGUCCAGCACUACGCCGGAACGGUCUCGUACAGCGUGCAGGGCUUCGUCGACAAGAACCGGGAUACGCAGCAAGACGCCUUCAUAGACCAUCUGAGCAGAUCGGCCAAUCCGUUUGUGAGGGAGCUGGCGGACUAUGUGCAGGAUCUAGCGCCGCCGGGACAGGACACAUCGCUAUCGAGCCCCAACUCGACGGGCACGACGCAGCGCGGCACGUCCAAGGGCCGGCCCACGGUCGUGGACACCUUCAGGGCGCAACUGCAGUCACUCGUCGAUAUGCUACAGGCUACAGAUGUAUGGUAUGUCCGUUGCAUAAAACCAAACGAGAACAAAGAAGCCGGCAAGUACUCUGAGCACCUAGUCCUAGAACAGCUAAAGUACCUCGGUAUGAACGAGAUCGUCCGCAUCCGGCGCGACGGGUACCCCAUACACCUGCCUGCGCCGCACUUCCAGGCGAGGUACCGCUGUCUGCUGCCGCACCCGAGGCCCAAGAAUCCUGAUAUCAAGGAUAUAACAUCGAUAGUAAACGCGCCACAAGACGACUGGCAGAUUGGACACACGAAGAUAUUUAUGCGUAGCUCUGUUCAUGCGCCGUUGGAAGCAAAACGCACUGCGUUGCUGCAGUCUUCAGCCUUACGCAUACAGAAGUGGUACAAGGGCUCGGUGAAGCGGCGCCAGUACCUGGUGUGGCGCAACGCGGCCGUGGUCCUGCAGGCGGCCUGGCGCGGCUGGAAGGAGCGCGCCGCCUUCCUGCGCCUGCGCAGGGCCGCCAUGACGCUGCAGCGACAUCUGCGGGGGGCCUUCGCCAGGGAGGUGGCCGCCGCGCUGCGCGAGAUGAGGAGGGUCAACCAGGAGAUCAAGCUGCGCGAGGAGAGGAACAGCUUACAAGAGAAGGUAAACCAAGAACGAGCGGAACUGGAGAACAUGGCCGACCAGCUGCGUGGCCUGUCGUGCCCGUCCAGCACCCGGGCGGAGUCUGUGAACCUGGACAACUUGUUCGACUUCCUGGCGGACGUGCCCACACAGCGGGGCGCGCCUGAUGGACAGCCUGACACGCACCAGCCGACCAUAGCGGAGAUAGGGGACUCCAUGGAGAGGCUUGCUGAUGAUCUGCAUCAAGAGUUGGAGCAUGUGCUAGCGGCAGAGAUGAACGAGCUGAGCAAGUCCCACACGGAAGCUCAGCGCAAGCCAGACGGCGCGCCCUCAGAGUCCAUUCCCCCUCCGCCGCCGUCCACGCUGGCCAUCCAGCCGCUGUCCCCGCCCGCGUCCAUGACGUCAUCGUACAUGGCGGUGACGAACGGCGCGUCCCCCAUGAACGGUGACGUGAUGUCGUCCUCGCUGGUGCUGCCGCCGCCGCCGCCGGACGAGCCGCUGUCCGGGGGCUCUGCGGAGUUCCCCCCGCCGCCCGCCUGCACGCUGCCCGAGCCCGCCGGACCCCCGCCGCCGCCGCCCCCUCCGCCAAAUGUUAAAGAUACAACGCCACCGGAGCUUACAAACGGUAUAAUUCCCAACGGCAAGCUAUCUGUGGUGAAGAAUAAGGAGCCGAUAUACGAAGCUGUCAUACCCCGACCCGCGCCAGAACAAAUUAGUGAGCCCCCGCCACCGCUACUGCCGGAGACCAAUGGGUUCAUUCACAAACCGGAGGAGAUAGAACCGGAGCCAUCAGACGCUCCUCUCCCGCCGCUGCCGCCCGCGGACUGCUCGCCGCAGUCCGUGCCCAUGGACACCUGCAUGAGCCCGCCGCCCAUGAUGAAUGGAGACGCUCCGGGUGGAGACCGCACAGCCCGGCGCAAGGAGCGCGUCGAGCGGCGCCUGCACCAGAUCUCGACGCAGGCCACCUCGCUGCCGCCCACCACGCCGCCCGCAGACGGAGUCAGCGACCUUAGCGAGUUCGCUAAACUAUACUUUAACGAUCAUCCACGAUCACCAGAAGGAACAAUUAUGGCAACAUUAACACGCAAGAGCAAAUCUAUGGAGCUGCUAACCAAAGAGGAGAUGAUUACAUACCACAAGGGCAACAACAUACCGACGUCACACAUACAACUGCACGACCCGGACAGUGUGACCGCGGCCGUUAAUAUAUUCAGGGACCUGUGUCGGUACAUGCGCGGUGAACUGACCGCUGACAAGGAGACUCAAGUCAUACAGUCUAUCAUAGGUAAAGGAAUAGAGCGAGAGGAACUCCGAGAUGAAAUAUUUAUAUGUAAUGUCUAGAUAACGGAGUGUCCGGUGGAGGAGUGGGCGGAGCGCGUGUGGCUGGUGCUGUGCCUGUGCGCGGUGGCGUGGCAGCCCAGCCGCGGCCUGGCGCGCUUCUACAGCGCCUGGCUGCGCGCGCGCGCCCGCCCGCCGCCCGCCGACUGCGCCGCGCCCGCCGCGCGCGCCGCGCACUGCGCGCAGUGGUGCCUCGACAACUGCCGCGGCGCCGCGCCCCGCCAGCUGCCGCCCAGCACUGUCGAGAUCGCGGCAAUGCGUCGUCUCGGCACAAUAGUCUGCCGGUUCUUCUUCCUGGACGGCCGCACGAAGGCCAUCGACGUGCAUCCUGCAGACACAGCUGCGGCAGCCGCGGCCCGCCUGGCCGACAAGCUGGGCCUGGCGCCGCACUCGCGCGCCGGCUGGGCCGUGUACCAGCAGCGAGCUGGUUGCGAGGAGCAUGUGCGGGCCACGCACUAUCUGUAUGAUGUGAUUGCCGCCUGGGAGAUGCAACAAGGCCCGGGCGGUGGGUCCGCAGACAACCGCUUCGUGUUCAAGCGUCGCUUAUUCCGCGGCGGACGCGAGCUACCGCACGACCCCGUCGAGGUGGCGCUACUGUACGCCCAGGCUGUUCAUAGCGUCGUCAAGAUGGACGAGUUCCCAGUCUCAGAAAAGGUAGCCCUGCAGCUAGCCGGGCUACAGGCUCAGGUGUCCCUGGGCGAGCCGCCCCCGAGCCCGCCGCCGCCACACACGCGCGCCUACUACGCGCAGCCCGAGCAGUUCCUGCCGCAGAGGAUUGCUAGAGCGAGACCUGCUCAUCAGUGGGCGACGAUCCUAGCGCAAGCCCACCGUCAGUACGGAGCGGGCCGCGCCGAGCUGACUGCCAAGGCGCUGUACCUGUCCUGCGUCAUGCAGUACCCGCUGUACGGGGUCACGCUGUUCCCCGUCACCUACAAGGGAUACUGGGCACAUGGUCCCAACGUUCUCCUGGGCGUGGGUUCAGAAGGCGUGGUCCUAGUGAGGCCGGCAGACAAGGUGGUCCUCGCUGAGUACCCGUACACCAACAUCGCGGCGCUGCUCAUGGACCCCGUCGACAACGGCCUCACCAUCAGCCUCACGCAUCACGGACAGCACGACGGGCACCGCUGCAUCGUGUCGCCGCAGAAGAAUGAGGCGGCGUGGCUGAUGGCGGCGUACAGCAGUGCUGGCAACGGCCUGGCGGACGAGCCCCGCGCCGCCGCCGCGCCCGCCUCCGAGCGCUCCCGCCUCGCCGCCGCGCUGCGCAACGCGAGGCGAGCGCUCGUCGACUCGGCGCUACUCAGGCGACCCACUGAUGCCUCCGCCGGGAACUUCCUGAGGAAUACACUGCGCAGUAUCUCAUCAUCAUUGACAACUUGA